GAACCCAGAAUUUUCUGAUACAGGUGAGUGAUCUACUUCCCUUCCCAUGUAGCACCUUGCCAUCGUGCUGGUCCUUCCACCUCUUUUGUAACGCCUUUUCCAUCGUGUUGGUCAUUCUGAUCACUACAAUGUGCUUUCUCUUUAUGGAUCUAUGUUGGUUGCUACCUCAUCCCCUAGUUACCUUCUGCGUACAAACUGGUAAUUUGUUUGAUGAUUUGUAGCCAAAGUUUUCAGAGAUUUGAAAGGAAUUUUGAGAGACUGGUGUGUUUCCUACCUCUAGCCUUCAGAUACCCCAUUAUCCUCCAUGAGUUCUGGAAAGUAACUGCAAAGACAACAGUAUUUAGGAUGAAAACAGAUUUAAAAACAUUUGGCUUAUAUAAGCAUCUUUAAUAAGUUUUAGCCUGGUUUCAAGAGUGAAGUCUUGUCUGUUGUCACUGUUUUUUAACUGAGCCAGCUCUUGUUCUCUGUCAACCGUUUUCAGAGAAGAGCAGGAAAUGCUUCAGCCUUCUUGAUAUUAACCACCCAUUAGUGGUCCUUCAGAAUAGCUGACCAAUGUUUCUUCUGGUUGUUGUUCUCCUGCUAAUACUUUUAUAGAAUCAUAGAAUGAGCUAGGUUGGAAAAGACCUACAAGAUCACCUAGUCCAACCAUCCACCUACCACCACCAACCCCACUAAACUAUGUCUCCCAACGCUAUAUCUAAACGUUUCUUGAACACCUCCAGGGACGGUGACUCCACCACCUCCCUGGGCAGCCCGUUCCAAGGAUCCGUUUUGUAGGAUAAUUUUCUGGUUGCUUUUGGUAUCUCUGAAUGUUUCCAUCUUUGAGCCUUAGCUGUUUUUGACCAUGUAUGCGUCUGCCAUUCUUUAAUACCGAUCCUUUGAGAAUGCAGGAGUAAUGAUUUUUUUCCAUGUUUUCACGUCGUACCUGAGUCAAAUCGUGCUUUCUGAUACUAUUUUUUAUCCUUUCUUUGCAUUAACACAGUUUGCACACGUACCUUUAAUAAUGAGACUGCUAUCUCUUUGUGAAUGCUUCUGUGGCAUCUUAUCUGCCAGUUUCAUUUUAUUGUUGUCUGUUGCUCAAGAUCCAGUCUUUGUUUUUCUCUUCCUUUUUUUUUUCUUCCCAAAGAUAAAUUGUGCAUGGCCAGUGUCUGUCCACUCUCAUGGACUGCUGUUGUUAUAAUGCAAUCAUUCUGUUUUUCUCCUCUGUUUAAUAUGUGCUAAAGGAGCCUCUUCUGGGAGGUGAAUAGCUAACUGCUAACACGGCCCUCCUGUUAGGGAUUAUAAACAUUUAUAGCUUGUUUAAUGUUUUUGCCACGUGUCUACAACUUGGAUUUCACCAUAUGUGGAACAUUUGUUAAAAUCAGCUCUUAGUGAUGUGUAGCUACGUGCAACUUCUUGUCCAUGUCCUCCAGGCAUCACCUCUGGCAUCUUAGUUCCUGGCUCCACAACAGGGUUUUUAAUUAAAAUACACAGAAUUCUCAUCUAUAAAAUACGGAGGGGGUGCAGGAGUAAAAAUGAAGAGUUGCAAAAGAGAAUUUCAAUCAGCCCGUACACGCUGAUUCUUGGCAAAGAAAGUGUAAUGCUGAAAGGCAGCAGUGUGCUCUCCAUUUGUACCCGAGGCUCCUGCUGUAACUGCUAUUGUGUGAUGUUAAUGCAGGAAAAUUAAUCAGUUUCACUCGGGUGCUUAAAAGUUUACUUACUGUUUACUUACUACGGCUGUCCGGGAUGAGGGGCGCGCAGCGCUGCGCUGGAGCCGGCGGCCCCGGGGGGCUCAGUGCCGCGUCACGGGGGCCGGGACUCGGCGCGGGGGGAGGGCCCCGUGCCCCCAGCAGAGGGCGCCGUGCAAUCGCUGGAGCGCUUCGGAGAGAGCCCGCCGCUCUCUGUUCCGCAGCGCGGCGCUUUGCGAUUCUCGCGGAGAGGGUGAGCGGACGUUUCUUCUCGCGGAGGGGCGGAACAACUCAAAAUCCGCCUCCUGACUGCACCGAGCCCCGUUCCGUCCGCGGGGCGUUCUUGCGCAUCCGCGCGCUGCAGCUGCCCUGCUGAGCGGCGCCCGCGUCUCCCUGGUAACUGCGUCUCGUGCCGGGGUGGGCGGUCGCGCGCCUCCAGUCCGCGCGCUGCAAGAUGGCGGCCGCGGGAAGCGCGGCGCGGGGCGGCGGCGGAGGGGCGUAGGAGCGCGGCGGCUGCGCUCUGCCGGGCGUUCCCGCCCCCCGCGGCGCCGUCCAUGGAGCCUGUCGGCAGCCCGCUGGACCCCGGGCUCUCGCAGCAAGGGACGCCCUGUCUGAUCGUGGAGGACUCGCAGCCCGAGGGCGCGGGCCCGGAGCAGGACGUGGAGCAGGCCUGCCUCGGCGUGCUGGCUCGCCGGCUGCCGCUGCGGCGGAGCCCGAGCCCCGUGCUGGAGGUCGUCCGCGGUCCCUCCGGCAGCCGGACAGCCGCGAGCCGCGGGGCGGCCCGGGAGCGGCCCACAGGUGGGAGCGGGGCGCGUGGCCGUGCUGACGACGCGGUGUUCGCGGGGCCGAUGGAGAGCGUCGCCGAGGAGAUGCCGCCGCCCGGCCCGGAGUGCAGUGCUCGUGGAAAGGCUGCAGAAAGAUGCGAAGAGGAUGAUGAGGACCGUCCUGCCUCGCUGUGCGUAGAAGAUACAGGAAUGUCACAGCUGCAGUUUGGAGUUUUGGAGCUCUCACAGAGCCAGGACCUGGAGAGUGAUGUUGCGCCUGAUGAAGAUGUUAGGCAUCAGCUUCACUCUGGAGCUGCUGUCCUUUCUUCUUCCAGAACUGUGAAGAGUGAUACUAAAGAUGAACUGAAUGUCAAAAGCAGGGAAACUGUCACCAGCGUAGAAACGCAUUCUGCUUUGGAAGGCCAGCCGAAGGAGUUUGAAGGAACACUGCUGGAUGCAGAAGACCAUUCCAGGAAAGAAAUGCCUGUCUCUAGUCCGCCUAAAACUGAGAAAUGCACUGAGACUGGUCAUGAGGAGUUGGAUAUCUUGUCGACUCAGGAAGAGAUGUUUCCUGAAAACGAUGUAACAGGGAGUGACUGCCUUGUAACCAGAGUGGAAGACAGAAGUUCUCUGGCAUGUACCCCUGCCCGCAGUCUGCACCUCUUGCAGCUAUCUGGACAGGGAUCCCUUGUACAGGAGAGCCAUUCCACUGGCUCUCCAGGUGUAGUUGUUCCUUCUCCUGUUGGCCUUGCAUCCAAUGUUCUCAUCCCUAGCAGUCCUACUGAACAGGACCAAGCAAAAGAUGAGCAGGUGGAUAUCUCUGUCUCUGCAGAAGGAAGAGAGCUAGUGCAGGAGGGGCAGAAGGAAAAGGAACGGAUGCAGGAGGAGCAGAAGAGAGAUGUGCUAGUGGAGAUGGUUUUCCCACCAGGACCUCCUGCCCUGCCACAGGCUUCAACUCCAGUGUCCCAGAGUGCCCCAGCCUUCUUUCCUGAAUCUUUACCUAUACCAUCACAACCCGCGUUCUCUCAUGAUAUCUUUGUUCCAACUCAGAGCCCAGAGAAGAAGAAUGAAGGGGAAGAAAAAGCUGCUGUUUCAACUUACUCAUGUGUACCAGAAGACCUUUCUAGACCCACGGAUACUUUGUCAGAGAUGCCUGUGGAAAACUCUGUGUCACAGCCUUCUGAGUCCUGUAAUCUAAUGCUUUCUGUAAGUGGAUGUAGCCAGCCCACAAACACAGAACUCAAUUCAGACUCUGUGAAAACUGGCCAUGAUAAUGAAGCUACGCAGAUACAGAUAACUUCUGAAUGCAUUAUUUCAGACUUGAGGCUCUCUUCUAUGGAGAAUGACAGCAGAAAAAUGGGGCUCGAUGCAGGCCAUCGAGUCCUCUCUGAGAACUGCAAAAAAGCAAAAAAGGAGGAUAUACAUACUGCAGGAAAGCCUGUAAUGCAGUUAGAUAGUGCAGGCAUAGCAGGAGAUGGGACAUUAGCCCCUACAGCCCAUCAGGCUUGCAGGUGUAUUUCUGGAAGUCAGGCUGCUGCAGAUCAGUCUCAUCACUCUGAGAUUUUGUCUUGUGCUCAGGGAAGAGAAGCUCAGUUAGAGGGUAUUUCACUGAAAGGGAGUUCUCAACCUGAGGCAGUUCCUGAGACUCAAUGUGAAGAACGGGAAGAGAAGAUGCAUAUAGAAGAGAAGCAAAUGAAUGAAGAAGAGUCUCUUGUUAACACAACUGUUUCUCAGGGGCUUAUUCUUGAAAGGAAGGUGGAGCACUACGAAGAUAUGGAAGUAGAAUUUGCUGGUGGUUCUUCUAAAAAUAGCGAAAAACUGUCUGUUGAGACCCAAGAACUAGGAAAGAUUGGACCAGAAUGCUGGCGAAAAGAAACUUUAAAAGAUGGUGCUUUUGGCAUUGGAGAGGCAAAGAACGCAGAUAAACUGUCCUUUAAAGCUGCUUCAGAAAGCAUGCCAAAGCUGAAUAAAGUUUUAUCUAAGCCUUCUGUAGAGGAGUUAUUGGAACAGAACAAUUUGUUUCCUAAAUUAAAGAUUGACAUUGCAUCAGAGGUGGCAUUGUGUGCCAAAAGCCAUCCAGGUGGUUCAGAAUUAUAUCAGAUAAUGGAGGCUCAACCGUCACAACAAGAGACGGAAGCUGACCUGCUGGUGACUCAGCAGGAGAAUCAGGUGCCAAAGAAUACAGAGGUUACUGCAACGACAACAAAUCUGAAGCAAGAAGAGCAGAUGCAGUCAGAGGAGCGGGCAGCUGCUAAGUCCCCCAGUCCUUCCAAUGGAACGCCGUUCCAUUUUACUUUGCCACAGGAGGGUGAUACCAUUCAACCGCUGACCAGCAUAACACCACCUCUUACUGGCCAACUUAAAAUGGGACCUAGAAGACACAGCACACCAAUUGUGGACGAUAGUUGUCCAGACAGCACUAUCGCAACUAGUGACGUUACUGCAGAGGGCACAAUGGGGACCAACAGUGUCACUGUGGAAAGUGCAGUGGUAUCAGCAGAUGUGUCAGAAGUGUGUGAAAAAGGAGAUUCUUGUGCAGUUCCUGAGACUGAUGCAAAACUCUCUCUACGAAUGAGCCUUGUUACCCCCAUGAAUGAUGGGAGCGAUGAGUCCCUACCAUUCAGCUUGGAAAAGCCCACAACCAGUGACAGGAAAAUUGGAUCCUCUGCUUCUGCCAGGGCUGCUGCCAGCUCCCAGAAAGCAUCAUCUGUGUUUAGUCGUGUCUGUGAAGUUCGGCGAGAGGAUGAGGCUAGAGACCAUAGCCUUUCAGAUUCUCCAUUUAGGGGGAAUCUAUUCAGCUUUCCUGGCACAGAAAAGGAUGCUGAAAUAUGUGAAAAUCCUAGUGAUCAGCAACAUAGAGCAGAUGACAGUGGUGGACAGCUCCUAAUACUUCAGAGGCUACAGCAGGGCUGCCAUCAACAACCUUCUUGUACAGAGCAGAAAAAGUCUGUGGAGGCUGGUGUUGUAACCACUCAGAUAGAAGAAGGUGCAAGAAUGCAGAAGAAACCAAGUAAGGUUGUUGCAGUUGAUGAAAGCCACGGGAAGCAGGCAGAUACCAAUAAUAAAGGGAUUCAAACUACAGCAGACUGUCAUUUUACCCCAACAACUGUUACAACAGCAACACAGACAGCAGAAAGAACUUGUAGGCGAGUGGACGUGGGAACCAGUAUGUGUGGACGAAGACCUGGGCGACAAGAUGUAAACAUCCAAACUGAGGAAAGUGGGCAAAAGCUUGUGAAUACCUCUGGAGAAGACACAGACUCUCUACACAGUCAGGUGGGAGAGGAUGAGUUUAACCUUCUUCACCCUCCCAGAGGCCGGGUUCAGCGUCGUCACAUGCGAACUAUUCGAGAGGUGCGCACUGUUGUUACCCGUGUCAUAACAGAUGUUUACUACAUUAAUGGUGCAGAGGUGGAGCGGAAAGUAGUUGAGGAAACUGAGGAGCCUGUAGUGGAGUGCCAGGAGUGUGAGACUGACACAUCCUCCUCUAGAACUACAGUUGGCUCAUCGCUGACCUCAGGGGACCUCGGUGAUGUCAGCUCCUUCUCUUCUAAGGCCUCAAGCCUCCACCGCACAUCCAGUGGAGCAAGCAGCGGUCUCUCUGCCACACACAGCAGCAGCAGUUCAGCUCGAGGAACUGGAGCUGUCAAAGGGAAAGCGUGUGGUACAGAAAGUGGAGAGUUUGCUUUACCCACUGGCAGAGGUGUCUUGGGAAAACUAAGCCCUAGGAAAGGAGUUGGUCAGCCAGUAUCUCCUCUCAGAGUUGGCCAGGCAGGAGCAGCACUUCUGUGUGAGGAAGAGGAAGACUCUAUGCUUGGUACUCGUCAGGGUGGCAAAGCACCUGUGACACCUCGUGGGCGAGGAAGAAGAGGCCGUCCACCAUCUCGAACAACUGGAACGAGAGAUUUAGCUGGAAUUCCUGUUGUAGAGGAUCUCUCAACUACAGGAUCACCUGAGGAGAAAUCAUUUGUUCAUACAGUUUGCCUACCAGAUGGAGGGGAGAAAUCUGACACAUCUGGCUUCUGUGCCUUACGUCGAAGUGACUCUCCAGAAAUCCCAUUACAAGUGGUGGCUGGUCCUUCAGACUGUGCAGACUCAUCCUCUGGGAGCAGCUUUGUGGGCCUCAGGGUUGUAGCAAAGUGGUCUUCAAAUGGGUACUUCUAUUCUGGGAUGAUUACCCAAGAUGUUGGAGCAGGGAAGUACAAACUUCUCUUUGAUGAUGGGUAUGAAUGUGAUGUGCUAGGAAAAGAUAUUUUACUCUGUGACCCUAUCCCACUGGAGACAGAAGUAACUGCGCUCUCAGAGGAUGAGUACUUCAGUGCAGGUGUAGUGAAGGGACACCGGAAGGAGUCUGGAGAGCUAUAUUACUGCAUUGAAAAGGAAGGCCAGAGGAAGUGGUACAAACGAAUGGCUGUUAUCCUAUCUCUGGAACAAGGAAAUAAGCUCAGGGAGCAGUUUGGACUAGGCCCUUAUGAACCUGUCACCCCCCUGACUAAGGCAGCUGACAUCAGUCUCGAUAAUCUUGUGGAGGGGAAGCGGAAGCGACGUAGUAACCUUGUCUCUCCCAGCACCUCCAGCAGUAGUACAACUCCCACUCGUAAAGGGUUGGAAAGUCCGCGUGUGCCACCGGGUGUGCUUUCUGGCAAGAGGAAGCUUGUUGCUUCUGAGGAAGAGAGAUCCCCAGCUAAACGUGGCCGUAAGUCAGCAACGGUAAAGCCUGGGGCUGUGAGAGCAGGAGAGUUUGUGAGCACUUGUGAAGGUGUAGAUGCUAUAGAUCCCCCAGUACUGGAGGACCAUCACGGACCACUGCCGCAGAAUAAGACCCUCUUUUUGGGCUAUGCCUUUCUCCUCACCAUGGCAACACCCAGUGACAAAUUGGUCAAUUGCCAGAAGACAUCAGAUGGUCCUGCAGGGAGUAGUGAGGAGGAAGAAGAAUUCUUAGAGAUGACUCCGUACAACAAACACUAUAUAGCACAGCAGCUGCGAGCAGGAGCUGGCUAUAUCCUGGAAGAUUUUAAUGAAACACAGUGUAAUGCAGCGUAUCAGUGUCUUUUAAUUGCCGAUCAGCAUUGUCGAACACGGAAAUACUUGCUGUGCCUUGCCCGAGGGAUCCCUUGCGUGUCUCAUAUCUGGGUUUACGAUAGCUGUCAUGCUAACCAGCUUCAAAAUUACCGGAAUUACCUUUUGCCAGCUGGUUAUAGCCUGCAGGAGCAAAAGCUGCUAGAAUGGCACCCACGAGAAAACCCAUUCCACAACCUGAAGGUUCUCCUGGUAUCAGAUCAGCAGCAGAACUUCCUUGAUCUGUGGUCUGAAAUCCUUAUGACUGGGGGAGCAUCAUCUGUUAAACAGCAUUUUUCAAAUGCUAACAACAAAGAUGUUGCAUUGGGUGUUUAUGAUGUGGUGGUGACUGAUCUUUCCUGCCCAGCUGUUGUCUUGAAGUGCGCAGAAGCAUUAAGGCUGCCUGUUGUCUCGCAGGAGUGGGUGAUCCAGAGCCUUAUUGCUGGAGAGAGAGUGGGCUACAACAAGCAUCCGAAAUACAAACAUGACUAUGUCCCCCACUAAGCUGAAACUUUGUCCUGCUGUCCCACUGUUGUGCAGACUGUUUUAAUCAGGUUUUAAAUGUUUGUGGAAUUGGACAGCGUGCAUGGUUUACUGUAUAUAGUUUUAUCUGCUGAACUUUUAUCAUGAAAUAAAUAUUCAAUCCCUUGUGUUA